AUGACCCCAGCCGUGGAGGAGGACCACCACGACCCUUCCCUUUUCCACGACUCCAACGACCGCUUGCUCUCCUCUUGCUCCUGCUCCACCUCCGCCUCCGACGACGACGCUCCCACUCCCUUAAACGACAACAAGCCUAGUAAGAACGACACCCAUGCCCUCCCCCAAUUCCCCUUCCCCACCAUGUGCAAGUACGAUGCCUGGAUAUCCGAACCCUCCUCCCUCUCCGAACGCCGCUCCCGCCUCCUCCGCCAGUUUGGCCUCCCCGCGCCGCCUCCCUCCGCCGCCGAUUCCAUCCCCCGAUCAGCCUCCUCUCACCAAUGCACCGACACUUCCACCACUGCCGCAACUAUUCCCCGAUCGAAAUCCGACAACACCUCGGAUCGCGGCACCAAGCAUUGCAAGUCCUCCGUUGUUCCCAUUCGCGACAAUGACAACGGUUUUAUCGUGAAUAAUAAUAAUGUUAAUAAUAAUAGUGGUAGCCAUUGUGUGAAUAGUAGGAUUUGUGUGAGUGUGUGUGAGGAGGGAGGAAUUGGGGAGGGGAAUGUGGUGGAUGAAGUGGAGCAAGCGUGUACGAUUAGGGAUUUAGACAAUGGGAAGGAGUUCGUAGUGAAGCGGGAUGGGGUGUGGAAUGAGGUGAAGGAGGUUGGAACUGGGAGGCGUUUGACUGUGGAGGAGUUUGAGAUGACCGUAGGGCAUUCUCCGAUUGUUCAAGAGCUAAUGAGGAGGCAGAGUGUGGAGGAUGAUGGCAAUGGGGAAGGUGUGGAUGAGGAUGGUGAUGGUGGGAGUGGUGGUGGUGGUGAUGAUGAGGGGGAUGGUGGCAAAGUGAGGAGGAAAGGGGGGUGGUUUAAGUUUAUGAGUUUGAAAAGUGUUGUGGUGGGUCAGAAGGAGAGGCGGAGUGGUGAUGAGAGGGAUACGUCUUCGUCGGAGAAGGGUGGCCGACGGUCGAGCUCGGCCACGGAUGAUAGUCAGGAUGGUGGUAGUGGUUUGGUUCAUGGGGGUGAGAGAGUGAGGGUUAGGCAGUAUGGGAAGUCAUGUAAGGAGGUUACAGGGCUUUAUAAGAGCCAAAAAAUUCAGGCUCACGAUGGAUCCAUUUGGAGCAUUAAGUUUAGUUUGGAUGGGAAGUACCUUGCUAGUGCUGGUGAGGAUUGUGUGAUUCAUGUUUGGCAGGUUGUGGAGUCUGAGAGGAAGGGCGAGUUGCUGGUGGAGAAACCGGAGGAUGGGAAUUUGAACAUGUUGUUUGUUGUGAAUGGGUCGCCGGAGCCUUCGUCUCCUGGCAUGGAGAAUAAUUCGGAGAAGAAGAGAAGGGGGAGGUUGUCUGUUAGCAGAAAAUCUCUGAGCAUGGACCAGUUAGUAGUGCCAGAAACUGUGUUUGCUCUCACUGAAAAACCAGUUUGCUCCUUUAAGGGUCAUCUCUAUGACGUGCUUGACCUUUCUUGGUCCAAGUCUCAGGCGUUCCUUGGAAAUGCAUUUCUGACUAAGGAUUUAAAGUGUGGCAACUUAUGGUCUACACCCUUUAUCAUUGGAGGAGCUACCAUUAGGCUUGAACAGAGGUCUGAGAAGCCAGGCUCCGAAGAGCAAGAAAAAUUUGAGAGACUAACUUGCAUCCAGUUUAACCCUGUUGAUGAUAGAUACUUCAUUAGUGGAUCUUUAGAUGCUAAGGUCCGUAUAUGGAGCAUUCCUGAUAGACAAGUUGUUGAUUGGACCGAUCUACAUCAGAUGGUCACGGCUGCUUGUUAUACGCCUGAUGGUCAGGGUGCAUUAGUUGGUACAUACAAGGGUAGCUGCCAUUCAUAUAAUACAUCUGAAAAUAAGUUGCAAAAGAAAAGUCAGAUAAAUUUGCAGAACAGGAGGAAGAGAUCAAACCACAAGAAAAUUACUGGCUUCCAGUUUCUGCCAGGAAGUUCAUCAGAAGUCCUCAUCACUUCGUCUGAUUCGCGGAUUCGACUUGUUGAUGGUAUUGAUCUAGUUCAUAAGUUUAAAGGAUUUCGGAAUGCAAGUAGCCAAAUUUCUGCCUUCCUCACGGCUAAUGGUAAAUAUGUUGUCUCAGCAAGUGAGGAUUCUCAUGUAUACAUCUGGAAAAAUGAAGCUGAUUGUAGGCCUAGCAGGACUAAAGGUGUCACCGUGACAAGCACAUAUGAACAUUUUCACUGUAAAGAUGUGUCAGUGGCUAUUCCUUGGCCAGGUAUGGAUGACACAUGGGAGAUGCAUGAUCCAUACUUUGGAGAAGAACCUGAGCUUGAUGAUAAUGAGGAUGAGGUCUCAUCAGCCAAUCAUCCUCCUACCCCUGUAGAGGAAAGUUUUGGUUCUGAGGGUUCACAAUUUGCUUCAGGUUGCAAUAACAGCCCACUUCAUGGAACCAUUGCAAGUGCAACAGAUAGUUAUUUUCUUGAUAGAAUUUCGGCCACAUGGCCUGAGGAAAAACUUCUAACUACAAGGGACCGAAGCCCUCAGGUUAGUGUAGAUUUAUGUCACGGAGUAAAUCAAAACAUGUCAGCAUGGGGUAUGGUGAUUGUAACUGCCGGCCUUCAAGGGGAAAUUAAAAUUUUUCAAAAUUUUGGUUUGCCCCUUGGUAUAUAA